CCAAAAAGUCAGAUUUCGCUUCAAAUUUAGACCUUCCUUUCUCUUUCUUGAUUCCACCGAUAUCUUCUCACUGUCCAAACUAGCAAUUCGAUCGAGGAGUAGGCUUUUGGAGGAAGAUGAAGAAGAGAGUUUCUGUUGCUUUCUCGAAACAUCAACCAGUAGACUACGAAGAUGUCUUCAGUACCUGAUGUUGCUGGAAUUGUGGAUAACUCCAAGGAACUCGAUCGGCUACGGAAAGAUCAGGAAGAGGAUCUCAUUUCCAUAAAUAAAUUGCACAAGAAACUUCAAUCCACACCUGAGAUGGUUGAGAAGCCUGGGGAUAACACCUUGGCAAAUCUUAGGGUUUUGUACACUCGAGCUAAAGAGCUUUCUGAAAGUGAAGCAACAUAUGUUCAUUAUUGGAAGAUUCUAUAAUUUCAAUUGAGCUAAUAUCAUCUUGUUUGCAUAAUGUUCUAUGCCGAAAUUGAUUUUUU